CCCCGGUUCCAGCGACCAUGCCCCGUAAAGGCACUCAGCCCUCCACGGCCCGGCGAAAAGAGGAAGGGCCGUCCCCGGACCGCUCCAGCAGCAGCGACGGAGAGCCUGAGCCGCGGUCGGGCCGCGCAGAGAGCCUAGCUGCCGCCGCAGAGACUCCAAGUGAGGAACUUGAUAAUAGAAGUUUAGAAGAGAUUUUGAGUAGCAUUCCUCCUCCCCCGCCUCCAGCAAUGACCAAUGAAGCUGGAGCUCCUCGGCUUAUGAUAACUCAUAUUGUAAACCAGAACUUCAAGUCCUAUGCUGGGGAAAAAAUUCUGGGACCUUUCCAUAAGCGCUUUUCCUGUAUUAUUGGGCCAAAUGGUAGUGGCAAAAGCAAUGUUAUUGAUUCCAUGCUUUUUGUGUUUGGUUAUCGAGCACAAAAAAUAAGGUCUAAGAAACUCUCGGUACUAAUACAUAAUUCUGAUGAACACAAGGAUAUUCAGAGUUGUACUGUAGAAGUUCAUUUUCAAAAGAUAAUUGACAAGGAAGGGGAUGAUUAUGAAGUCAUUCCUAACAGUAACUUCUAUGUGUCGAGAACGGCCUACAGAGAUAAUACUUCUGUCUAUCAUAUAAGUGGGAAGAAAAAGACAUUUAAAGAUGUUGGAAAUCUUCUUCGAAGCCAUGGAAUUGACUUGGACCAUAAUAGAUUUUUAAUCUUACAGGGCGAAGUUGAACAAAUUGCGAUGAUGAAACCAAAAGGCCAGACUGAACAUGAUGAGGGUAUGCUUGAAUAUUUAGAAGAUAUAAUUGGUUGUGGACGGCUAAAUGAACCUAUUAAAGUCUUAUGUCGGAGAGUUGAAAUAUUAAAUGAACACAGAGGAGAGAAGGAAAAAAUUCAUGAAGAUACCAAAGAAAUUAAUGAGAAGAGCAGUAUACUAUCAAAUGAAAUGAAAGCUAAGAAUAAAACUGUAAAAGAUGUAGAGAAGAAACUGAAUAAAAUUACCAAAUUUAUUGAGGAGAAUAAAGAAAAAUUUACACAGCUAGAUUUGGAAGAUGUUCAAGUUAGGGAAAAAUUGAAACAUGCUACAAGUAAAGCCAAAAAAUUGGAGAAACAACUUCAAAAAGAUAAAGAAAAGGUUGAGGAAUUUAAGAGUAUACCUGCCAAGAGUAAAAAUAUCAUAACUGAAACAACAACUAGAAAUAAUGCCCUUGAAAAGGAAAAAGAGAAAGAGGAAGAAAAAUUAAAGGAAGUUAUGGAUAGCCUUAAACAGGAAACCCAAGGACUUCAGAAAGAAAAAGAAAGUCGAGAGAAAGAACUUAUGGGUUUCAGCAAAUCAGUAAAUGAAGCACGUUCAAAGAUGGAUGUAGCCCAGUCAGAACUUGAUAUCUAUCUCAGUCGUCAUAAUACUGCAGUAUCUCAAUUAAGUAAGGCCAAGGAAGCUCUAAUUGCAGCUUCUGAGACUCUCAAAGAAAGAAAAGCUGCAAUUGGAGAUAUAGAGACAAAACUCCCUCAAACUGAACAAGAAUUAAAGGAGAAAGAAAAAGAACUUCAAAAACUUACACAAGAAGAAAUAAACUUCAAAAGUUUGGUGCGUGAUCUUUUCCAAAAAGUUGAAGAAGCAAAGAGUUCCUUAGCAGUGAACCGAAGUAGGGGGAAAGUCCUUGAUGCAAUAAUUCAAGAAAAAAAAUCUGGCAGGAUUCCAGGAAUAUAUGGACGAUUGGGGGAUUUAGGAGCCAUUGAUGAAAAAUAUGAUGUUGCUGUUUCAUCUUGUUGUCAUGCGUUAGACUACAUUGUUGUUGAUUCUAUUGAUACAGCCCAAGAAUGUGUAAACUUCCUUAAAAGACAAAAUAUUGGAGUUGCAACCUUUAUAGGUUUAGAUAAGAUGGCAGUAUGGGCAAAAAAAAUGACCAAAAUUCAAACUCCUGAAAAUACUCCUCGGUUAUUUGAUUUAGUGAAAGUAAAAGAUGAGGAAAUUCGCCAAGCUUUUUACUUUGCUUUACGAGAUACCUUAGUAGCUGAGAACUUGGAUCAAGCCACAAGAGUAGCAUAUCAAAAAGAUAGAAGAUGGAGAGUGGUAACUUUACAGGGGCAAAUCAUAGAACAGUCAGGUACAAUGACUGGUGGUGGAAGCAAAGUAAUGAAAGGAAGAAUGGGUUCAUCUGUUGUUGUUGAAAUCUCUGAAGAAGAGGUAAAUAAAAUGGAAUCACAGUUGCAAAGAGACUCUAAAAAAUCAGCGCAAAUCCAGGAACAGAAAGUACAACUUGAAGAAGCAGUAGUUAAGUUACGGCAUAAUGAACGUGAAAUGAGGAAUACACUAGAAAAGUUUACUGCAAGCAUCCAGCGUUUAUCAGAGCAAGAAGAAUAUUUGAAUGUUCAAGUUAAGGAACUUGAAGCUAAUGUACUUGCUACAGCCCCUGACAAAAAAAAGCAAAAAUUGCUAGAAGAAAAUGUUAGUGCUUUCAAAACAGAAUAUGAUGGUGUGGCUGAGAAAGCUGGUAAAGUAGAAGCUGAGGUUAAACGGUUACACAAUGUCAUCGUAGAAAUCAAUAAUCAUAAACUCAAGGCCCAACAAGACAAACUUGAUAAAAUAAAUAAGCAGUUGGAUGAAUGUGCUUCUGCUAUUACUAAAGCCCAAGUAGCAAUCAAGACUGCUGACAGAAAUCUUAAAAAGGCACAAGACUCUGUCUUUCGCACAGAGAAAGAAAUAAAAGAUACUGAGAAAGAAGUAGAUGACUUAACAGCAGAGCUAAAAAGUCUUGAAGACAAAGCAACAGAGGUCAUAAAGAAUACAAAUGCUGCAGAGGAGUCCUUACCAGAGAUCCAGAAAGAACAUCGUAAUCUACUUGAAGAACUAAAAGUUAUUCAAGAAAAUGAACAUGCUCUUCAAAAAGAUGCACUUAGUAUUAAGUUGAAACUUGAACAAAUAGAUGGUCACAUUGCAGAACAUAAUUCUAAAAUAAAAUAUUGGCAAAAAGAGAUUUCAAAAAUAUCAUUGCAUCCCAUAGAAGAUAAUCCUGUUACAGAGGUUUCAGUUCUAAGCCCAGAGGAUCUUAAAGCAAUCAAGAAUCCAGAUUCUAUAACAAAUCAAAUUGCACUUUUGGAAGCCCAGUGUCAUGAAAUGAAACCCAACCUUGGUGCCAUUGCAGAGUAUAAAAAGAAGGAAGAAUUAUAUUUGCAACGGGUAUCAGAAUUGGACAAAAUUACUUACGAAAGAGAUCAUUUUAGACAGGCAUAUGAAGAUCUUCGGAAACAAAGACUUAAUGAAUUUAUGGCAGGUUUUUAUGUAAUAACAAGUAAAUUAAAGGAAAAUUAUCAAAUGCUUACUUUGGGUGGGGAUGCUGAACUGGAGCUUGUAGACAGCUUGGAUCCUUUCUCUGAAGGAAUCAUGUUCAGUGUUCGACCACCCAAGAAAAGUUGGAAGAAGAUCUUCAACCUUUCAGGAGGAGAGAAAACCCUUAGUUCAUUGGCUUUAGUAUUUGCUCUUCACCACUACAAACCCACUCCCCUUUACUUCAUGGACGAGAUUGAUGCAGCCCUUGAUUUUAAAAAUGUGUCCAUCGUUGCAUUUUAUAUAUACGAGCAAACAAAAAAUGCCCAGUUCAUAAUAAUUUCCCUUCGAAAUAAUAUGUUUGAGAUUUCAGACAGACUUAUUGGAAUUUACAAGACAUACAAUAUAACAAAAAGUGUUGCAGUAAACCCAAAAGAAAUUGCAUCUAAAGGACUUUGUUGAACUUGUGUAUACUGAAGAUUCUCCAAACUGAAUUGGCAUAGAUUUCGUAUAUUAUUGAUUUUGUAUUUGUAAAGGACUAUAAAUUGUGUAAAAUAUAUAUUCCUAAGUAGAAUCACAGAACUGGUUUCUUUUUUAUGCUGUUGAGUCAUCCUGUAAAGUCUAAUAAAAUAUCUAUACCUGCCUUCUAGGA